GGGAGCCGGAGCUGUCACAGGCCCGGGGUCCGCCUGACCAAGCCAAGUGGGGUGUCAUGGCCGCGGGGGGCAGCGGCUGCACUUCCUCCGCGGGCGGCGGCGGCGGCGGCCGGGGAGUUAGUCCUGGACGCACGGGUCGGUCCCGUUUCCCUCUGUGCGGCGGCCGGCGGGACCAUAAGGGCUUAACUCAUAUAUUUAACCCCCCUCCAAAAAAGUGUGAACCUGAAGGCAUUUCUGAUUGGACUUUUGAUGAAAAUUGUCUGUUCUGUUGCUUGAGAAGAGAUAAAGUAAAGGGACACUUAGUCCGUCUGGAUGAACCAGCUUCGGGAGCUGGGCAGGAAGCUCUGCUUAAACAAGAGCAAGCAAAAAUCAUUCGAUUCGAGAGACAAGCAGAAGAGUUCCUCAAUGCAGUCUUUUAUAGAAAAGACAGUCCCUGGGUCUUCGACCCCAAUAUUCCCCUAGUGGCCCGUGAGAUCAUGCAGCGAAUGAUCCAACAAUUUGCUGCUGAAUAUACCUCAAAAAAUAGCUCUACUCAGGACCCCAGCCAGCCCAAUAGCACAAAGAACCAAAGCCUGCCGAAAGCAUCUCCAGUCACCACCUCUCCCACGGCUGCAACUACUCAGAACCCUGUGCUCAGCAAACUUCUCAUGGCUGACCAAGACUCACCUCUGGACCUUACUGUCAGAAAGUCUCAGUCAGAACCUAGUGAACAAGACGGUGUACUUGACCUGUCUACUAAGAAAAGUCCGUGUGCUGGCAGCACUUCCCUGAGCCAUUCUGCAGGCUGCUCCAGUACUCAAGGGAACGGGCGACCUGGGAGACCCAGCCAGUACCGCCCAGACGGACUUCGGAGUGGUGAUGGGGUACCUCCAAGAAGCUUACAGGAUGGAACCAGGGAAGGUUUUGGACACUCCACAUCACUCAAAGUUCCACUGGCUCGAUCCCUGCAGAUUAGUGAAGAACUACUGAGCAGAAACCAAUUGUCCACAGCUGCCAGCCUUGGGCCAUCUGGAUUACAGAAUCAUGGACAACACUUAAUAUUAUCCAGGGAAGCCUCUUGGGCAAAACCACAUUAUGAAUUCAACCUCAGCCGUAUGAAGUUCAGGGGAAAUGGUGCACUCAGCAACAUCAGUGACCUUCCUUUUCUUGCAGAAAAUUCUGCCUUUCCAAAAAUGGCACUUCAAGCAAAACAAGAUGGAAAAAAGGAUGUGAGCCAUUCAUCUCCUGUAGAUUUAAAGAUACCACAAGUUCGAGGAAUGGAUCUUUCUUGGGAGUCUCGCACUGGUGAUCAGUACAGCUAUAGCUCUUUGGUAAUGGGUUCACAAACGGAGAGCGCGCUUAGUAAAAAAUUAAGGGCUAUUCUUCCAAAACAAAAUAGAAAAAGCAUGUUAGAUGCUGGACCUGAUUCUUGGGGCUCAGAUGCUGAGCAGUCUACCUCUGGACAGCCAUAUCCCACAUCGGAUCAAGAAGGAGACCCUGGCUCCAAGCAGCCUCGGAAGAAAAGAGGGCGUUACAGACAGUACAACAGUGAGAUACUGGAGGAAGCAAUCUCAGUGGUUAUGAGUGGAAAAAUGAGUGUUUCCAAAGCUCAGAGUAUUUAUGGGAUUCCCCACAGUACACUGGAGUACAAAGUAAAGGAGAGGCUGGGCACUUUGAAAAACCCUCCAAAGAAAAAGAUGAAAUUAAUGAGGUCGGAGGGGCCAGAUGUUUCUGUAAAGAUUGAAUUAGAUCCCCAGGGAGAGGCAGCACAAAGUGCAAAUGAAUCAAAAAACGAGUAGGAAUACUGUAGAGUGCCAAUUACUGUACAAACUGGGUGAGCACUACUGCAUCAUUGUUCAGCUGUCAUUGUUGCACCUAACUUCAUUCCUGUGACACUGUUUCUUUGCAAAUUUUGCAUUGACUUGUGUAUACAGAGGUGAAGGGUGCCUUUCGAAUGUUGCAUAUUUUUAAAUUUCCAUGUGCAGUAUGGCUCGGAAUAUUGUUUGGCCUUUUGCAUGUUUCUCUACAAAAGAGAAUUGAGUUACCUCACAGAGAACAGAUUCAUGGACGUGGACUCCUUGCCUGUAGAGCCUGCAUGCUUUUCUUUCUUUUUCCCCUUAAAUUAUGUUUGCCUUUACUUUAAAAAAAAAAAAAAAGAAAGAAAGAAAAAAGAAAAAGAAGAGGAAAAAAGCCCCCUUUUAGAAAUCACCUCAGUUAUAUUGGGAGCUUUAUCAUUGCAAAUUGGAAAGCCAUCUUAUAAAAUGUUCACAUUUUUUCUUCUACUAUUCAACUAAUUGAAGGAUUAAACUAAAGAAAAAACUAAGAAGAACAAUGAACCUUUGAAUUUGAAAAUUUUGGUUAUUCAAUGAUAAAUAUGUAUUUGGGUCAUUUAUAUAAUUACACUUAAUUUACUUCAAAUUUGCAAUCUACUUAGUGCUCACCCAGAGGGGAAGGAGGUGGGAAAUGUGCACACACUACCUUCAGAAAUGCUUCAGUUAAUUACUUUGAACACUACCUUUGCUGUAAUUUUAUUUGAGAUUUUCUAAGGGUAGAAUUUGAUCUCACCAACAAGUGAGGAUAUAGCCUUAUCUCAUGGAGGACGAGCUCCCUUCUUACUCAGGAGCAGUCAGGGUACAUUACAUAAAACAAUGGAGGAUGCCUCAUUUUAGCUAGGUUUCUUUGUAGUUUUCAGCCCUUUUAAAGAAUUGAUCAUGUGCUAACUAACAACUGAAUAUUGUUGCAGCGCCUAGUUUAAUUCAAGAUCUGUUUAUUGGGGGUGGGAGAAAUAGGGAAAAGAAAUGUGUAUAACUGUGAUAUUUAAAGAAUGAUACUUAAACAACAUCACUUGUCUGUUCAAAAUCUACAUUGAUGAAGGGGAUCUAAGUUUAUGGUAAGAAAGAAAAUACAAUCCCAAUUCUAAUAUAAUUUUGGUUGCUAAUCAGUUUUAACUAAUUCAAUCAGGAGUUAAGCUCAUUUUAGUUUCUCAAAUAAUAGUACCAGAUUGGGAGAAGUUGGGUUUUUKUUUUUUUUUUUAGGUUACAGUUAAUUUUGUUGGUCUAAUCCUCACCUCCCCCUUUCUUGGCAUCCUACAUUAAUAUCCCCUUCUUAACUUCUGAUAUUUAGCUGAUUUUCAUGGUUGUUUAGCACACAUUUCAGGACUUUUCAGACCAUGUUUAUAUAAGCACUCCUUGAAGAACACCUAAGCUUUUUUGAGAUGGGCUUAUAAAAUUGAUUAAGUUUAGAAAGUUUUAUAUUUCUGCAGUUUUUGCAAGAAUAGCUGAUAAGUAAAGCCUGUGGAAUUUAGUUUUAUUGUGAUUAAAUUAAAAUUACUAUUCCUGCAAAUCAAAUCCAUACCACAUACACCCUAUGUUUGAAUCUGCUGUUAAGUUAAUUGGUCAGGCCCUUCUGAAUGCUUAACCAAAAACAAAAAUCAUGAGUUUUUGUGUUAAAAAAAUCAAACAUGAGGUGUUGUUUAGAUUAAGAUUGUCAGUUUCAGGUGAAUGCUAACAGUUCAAGGAUGAGUGGUAGGUCCAGGUAUUCUCAAGGCAUAAAUUCUUGCCUGGAAACUUUUUGGAGCAGAUAAUUAAAUUAGGUUAAGAAUAAUUUUCCCUCAGCAACCUUUGUGUUCAAAGGUUAGGCACACCAUUGCUGUUAUUAAAAUACAGACACUGCUCAUUCUUGACAUAGCCUGGGCGUGGGUUUCUCUUUUGAUUUGGUUGUUUUGUUUAACAAUUUAAUCAGUGGGUGACUGAACCUGUUUCCUCUUGGUUUCUAAUCUCAACGGAAAAGGUAGUUUGGGUUAAGUAACAAUAUAUAACUGCAAUAUUUCUAGCCUAGCUGGAAGUUGCAAUAAAAAUACAUUAUGAAAUGUAUGGUUUUCAUCUGCGGUUGAAGGAAGUUUGGCAGAAAGUUUGCUGAAAGCAAAAGGCUAAGCUUAUGAAGGAACACCUCCUUUGUUUCACAUUCAGUUUUUCAGCACACAAUUAAUUGCAGCCAUGGUGCCUUUUUGCACAAUGUUUGGGGUAUUCAGUAGCCAAAAAUUGCUGCAAAAAGGUCCUUUGAGAAAUUAAUUUGUGCUUCCUUUUUUAUCCCCUCUCAGAAAGACAUCACUAAAGGCCCAUUUAAAAAUCUGGCCCUAAAAAUUGAAGUUUUGUAGAGUUUUACUGUUCAGAGAGGUUUAAUCCUAUGUGGUAGUCUAUAUAAGUGAUGUAUGAGUUGAGUUAUGUAAWUUUUGUCAUUGUAGUGUACAUGGAGUGAUCAUUUUACUAACAUAAAUAUUUUCUAUGUGUGUUUCAGUGGAUGACAAUCGAGCAGCAGAAGAAUGGUGUGCCUACCCUUUAAUGCUGCAGUUUAAAUAAGAGAACUUGUAUUGUGUCAUUUCAGAUUGUAGGCUGAGAGUUGUAAAUAGUGCAAAUUUGAGUAUUUCUAUUAUUUGUUUUGGUUAGAAAGUGAAUUUAAAAACAAACCAAACUCUGAACUUUCUCAGAUUAAAAGUCCUGAGACCUGAAGAUUGUAAUAUUCAUGUCUGUGAAGCUUUUAAACAUUACACUUGAGAUCAGUCAUGACUUGAUAUUCAGGUAAAUUUUCUUUUCCAAGAAGCUUUUGAAUAAGCAUAUUUUCUCCAAAGGUCGGUCUCUCUUCCUCUCUUCCUCACCCCCUCUUGUUUGUUUUUUUUGAGUGUAGAUUAUUUUAAAGCACUAAUUGCAUUACAUUGGUAACUGCAAUAUAAAAUAGCCAUUAUUGUUUCGUGAAGCAUGGUUGAAAUUAGAUAGUGGUCCCUUUUUAAAUUUCAUGAGCCUCUCAGAAAAAAGAAAAAACCUUUUAAAAAAAGACAAAACAAAAAGCUGCUGAAUAUUUCAAAAGAUAUAUAUUUUACCUUAUUGUAGGUUUUGUAAAGUUAGUUUGUAAUAUUCAGGUGCACUUUUAAUGUUAAAUUUUGUGUUCAGAGUUCCAUUAUACCAUGUAUUUCCUGGAGGUGGCUCAUCAUCAUCACAUGGCUGGCGRUCAGUCUUCAUGCCACAGUGAUCCCUUAAUAUUUAAUUUCUCUCUUGAUUUGCCACUAUGCUGUAUUGGCACUUUUGGUGUAGAUAUUCUAAUUUGGGGACAUCCUCAUAAAUGUAUAAUAGAGAUUGGUCUACUUGGAUGCUUAAAUUCUGCUUAUCAGAGUUUUGCGUGGCUCAAAACAACAGGUGACCAUUUUUAUGGUAUGGGAAAGUAUAGUUCAUGACUGUCUUUGUCACAAAAGCCUUUUUUCCUCACAUUUUUGGUAGGUGGAUGAUGACAUUACUCAAAUUAUAUAACAUUAUUUGAACUAAUGAUAGGAAAUAAUGUAUUUAAAAAUAAAUUCUUGCAUUUUUAAUGAGAGCAUUGAUAUUAUAGAUAAGCUAUGGCACUAUAAAAUCAAAAACACUAAUUCUGUGGACAGCUAUCUAGUUGGUAUUUUAUCAUUAGCAUUCUCAUCCUGAGACAGCACAGAAAUCAAUUGAUAGUAAUAUAGUAUAUUAUAUUACUUUUUUGAUAGGCUUACAAGUGACUGAAUUAUAUUUGUGAUGAGCUAUACACUUUAUUCUGCUCCUCAAAUACCAUGAAGGACAAGAUCUCUCUUUCAGGAAAAAUAAUUUAUAUUUGUGUAUAAUACUUUUUAAUAUUAAGUUUGUUGUUAUUCUGAAGUUUAGAUGUUGCUUGAUAUAAACCUUUGCUGCAGCAGAUCAUGAAUAUGAGUAAGGCUUUGUGUGAUAGUAGGGUCCUUAUGUGAAGUUAAUUACUGUUCAAUUCUGGUGCGCAAGCUCAACAAGUGUGAAGUGUGUAUUAGCUUUAUUUGGUACACUUUUACUUUACAAUAUUGAAGUGCUUUAGAAUUCUGGUUAUCUUAUAUAAAUCAUUACCUCAAACAAUUGGCAUUUUUAUUCCCCAGUGUUUUACCUUAGCUAUAAUAUGAGCUAUAUGGGAUCAGAUAAUAAAACAAAAGAAGGCACAAUGAGAUGUUUAGUUCCCAAUUUUCUGGAGAGAACACUAAAUUAGACUAAAAAUGACUACCUGUUAAGGCCCAUAUCCUAACUACCUUCUGUCAUUAGGCARUACAUAGCAACCUUUGAGCUGCUAGUGAGCUGUGUGUUCUCCCCCAUCCCCAAGUAAGCACAUGAUGCCAGGCCUGGUUCUAAUCCUUUGUAGAUUCUCUUAUAUUUCAUUGACACAUAAUAGUGAAGCUUGGUUUUAUGUGGCUAAUAAAACAGAUUAAGUCAGCUCAAUGUCAGAACCUGAAAUUAUUUUGAAUCAUUAACAGCAGAUGUAUGGCAAGUUGGUGUCAUUUUCUCAAACAGCUGUUACCCUUGUAGAUUUCAUUUUGAAACUGCAUUUUUUUGUUUUAUAAUUUACCAAAUGCAGAGAUAGUUUUCAUGUGGAAUUCUCUUUUCUAUAUAUUCAGGUUGCUGUCAUUGGUGAUAGAAUAUGGCAAUAGAUCAAAUUGCCCUACUUAAUGUUUUAUAGGAGAUACUGACAGUCAUAGGUUAAAUUUUGGCCUAUAUGAAAAUAUCGGAGAUUGUUUCCUUGUCACUGUUGCUURCUGUAGAAUUAGGUCUUCAUUAAUACUAUGGUCAGGCCAGUAUUAUUAAAAACUUGACAGCUUUAGCCAAACAGUCCAUUUAGGAGACUGUUACGCUACAUAGGGAUUUUUUUUUUUUAACUAAUUUCUUUCAAAAACUACUGAAGAGGAAAAAAGUAUAAUUAUGGUACAGGAAUACAGACCUCCGGACACUUUCUUUAUUAAUUAUUUUGGAUUCAUUCUGUCCUUGAGACUUGAGUAGGAUUUGUAAACAUGCUGACUGAAAGGGAAAUGGAGGAAUUCUUUUCGUAUCCUCCUAUAUUCCAGAUAAUCUUGCAGUCAUKUUUUUCAAAAGCCGACAGUAGCCCUGUAGCAUAGCUCUGUAGCUGUGUAUACUAAGUGUUAUGAAGGAGAUUGGAGGAAAGGGGUGGUAGGAUGGGCAAGUACAUAGACACAGAUUCUGCCCUGUUACACUAAAAAUGAGUCACAGGACAGACAGUGUGGUAAAGUUGGGCCAUCUUCAUUUGUUAGAAAAAUCUUUACAUUGUUUGAAAAUGAGAAUCAAGGCUAGUUAAUGUUGAUUUGACCAACAAACAUCAGAAACUCUGAAACUCUUUGGGGGGGGGAGAGUAAUUUUAAGGUUUCCAGUUCAUUUAGAACUGUUUCCAUAAAUGCUGAAAAGCAAGCACUUUUAGUUAACCAUAGAUUUAUUGGAUGUAGCAAAUAUUAUACUCAUAAUAUUUAAUCUUUAUUGUUUGAAUGUGGAAAUGAACUAUUUACUUCAUCUUGAACUGUUCUUGAAUAGGUGCAAGAUGAUCUUUUCAACACUGGAAAUGACCCUACACACAUACCAAAAAAAAAAAAAAAAAAUCUAAAGCAGUAAGACAUAUUUGAAGAUCCAUACCUCUUAAACUUAGAUUUGUCUUGGGGAAAAAAAAUGUAUGAACCUAUAACCAGUAUUAGUGCAGUCUUGGAUUCCUUGUUCUGCAUAAUUGCACCCUUUCUCAGGUAUGUCCUGAAAACAUAAAUUUUAAAAUGAUCUCUUUGGAGAUUAGAUUCUCAGUGGAUAGUGUGUAAGGGGACUGUGGGUGGGGGGCCAGGGAUAGUUAGACACAGGACACUGACACAGUAGAGCAGGGAUUUUUAACAGUCAAUAGCCAAAUAGAAUUUCAAUCUAGGAUAUUUUUACCCCCUCAGAAUGAGUGAAACAACUCCUACUAUUUGGUAAAUACCCGGUGCUACACUCCUAAAAGUCUUUCACCAAGGUGACUUUCCUUCUUGGUGGAAGGGUAUAUAGUGAACUUUACUGUCACUAGGAAAGCACUUGUCCAAAAUGUUUAAAAGUACUAGAAAAGGGAUAAUUCAGCACUUUUUUCUGUUACAACACUAAAGUCUUAAUUUAUCUUCAGAGUCUUAGGUACUGUAAGUUUUAGGACAAUUAUUUAAAAAUAUGAAACAUACUACAUAAUAUGGGGUCAGAUCACAUUUAUAUAAAUCUUAUUUUAACUAAAGACAAUAACAUUUUGUAYCUUUCUAGCAAUUGUAAGUGAUUGCCUCAUUUUCCCCAUUUCGUUAAGCUUUUCAGGCUUAAGAAUUUGGAAUUUGAGAGAAGGUUAGGGGGAAAUACCCCAAAAUGAAAAAAUUAUAUCAGACCAUCUUACAAAAAUAAACCACUAGGAAAAUGGGUAGGGAUUCUCUCCCCCUUUAAGUCUUCAGGGAAUGAACAGUAUUUAGAAUCUUUGGCUGAAAUUCAAGCCUUUUUACUGUGUAAAUUUUUAAUAUUAAUUCACUUACAUGCUUUUUACAUCAGAGGACUGAAAUGGAUCUUAAUGUUUUUAAGUUGUGGAAGGGUAUAUUUCUAAAAUGAGGGGGGAUGAUUAACUAGGUUAGUAUUACCAGCAUUAGUAAGUUUAAGGAAUUUUAGUAUGUAAUAGCAAAGUGUUUGAUUAAAAGUCUAAUCCUAUAUUGCUAGUCGAAAUUAGUUACAUUCUGAUCUAGGAAAGAUAUAGUCAUUGGAUAUUGAUAUGCUGUGCUGUCAGAAAACCAGACUAAGAAACCUUUAUCUGACUCCUACAUGUUGCUUGUUCUGAUGGGAUGUAUACUUUACAGCAGCUUGUUGCUGCUUCGUUUAAAAAAAAAAAAAUGCAUAGACUAUAUACAUUUG